CUUACGCGUUAAUACUGCCAAUUUAUUUUACAGGCAUGGAGAUACCAUGGAGUUUUUGGUUGUUCCCUGUUCUUUCAUUAAUGGUAAAUGGAUAUACAAUUACGCCUGGAAAGAGUCCUUUAAUUUUAAGCUGGACAGCAGAUACUGCGAACGAUAGGUAUACCAUGGAGUUCAAAGAGAACAAUCAUAUUGAGGGCGGCAAUCAUGUGGCGUUGUUUACAAUUACAGACAUUAACAGUGCGCCUGAUUGGACGUUUACAAAUGCUAAAUUCGACUAUGAAUUCACAGAUGAUACGUUUUAUACUAAUCAGUUUAUUGACUACGAAUCGGAAACUGAUCAUUUUUAUUCCUUAAUUGCGAUCGUCGAUAAAACUACAAGUAUCAGGGUGGACAUAACGACGAUUAACUAUGACGAUGAAUCGCCAACUUUAACUGCUAUCAUGUGCAAGAUGAAUGUAUGUAAUAAUAGAAAAAUAAUAUUAUGUUAAGUGCCAUAAUUCUAGUAGAUAUACAUAUAGGGAGAUAUUUUGAAAACUAAUAAACUUCUAAAGCAAAAAAUAUAUUAAAAUACUUAGGAGUGUUUGACAAUACCAAGAAGAGAACCAAAAUAUCACAGUUUUAACAGCGGCCACUCUUCCCUUGAUACAUUUUAAGAGUUGAGAAGAAGUUGAGAAUGGGUUUAAGAAAAAUACUGUUCGUUUUUCUGCCGCUAUCUAUUGACCGAUUAGCCAAGCAUCUAAACAGGCACAUUUUACCAAUUAGCAUCACGGCCACCCACAAACUGUGUAUACGUUCAGUU